UUCAUCACGGGGCUGACGCUCGAGAAUGCUAUACGCUCCAGAGACUGAGCAUCGGAUCGGCUCCAAAAGAGAACCUCUCCUCAAAUACGUGUCGCUCAUCUGGACCGUAACAUAACGAGGACUUCUGUUGCCAUCAGCGGGCUGAAGAGGGUCAUAUCGACCACGUUUCACAUUUUGAAGGAAUCAUCAUGAGGGUGACUUUUACAACCAGCUGGAUUUUUCAAGGCUGGAUCAAGAACAUUAUAGUGAUUCUCUGUAUACACGUUGUCUACUCCAAACCAUGCAAGUCUAACCAGUAUCUGAAAGACAAGAAAUGCUGCAGCAAAUGUGAACCAGGGACGUACAUGUUCGCGCCUUGCACUGGCAACUCAGACACAAAAUGUCGCCCGUGUGGGAGGGACGAGUACCAGCCAGACUGGACCAACGACACCAAGUGUAUGCCCCAGCGCUUCUGCGACACCGUGAAGGGGUUCAGCCAGGACCGUCCACAGGACCCCAAGGCCGCCGUGCCGUGUCCGUGCAUGAAGGGCCUGCAGUGCUCGCCUACCAACUGUGAGUUCUGCGAGCGCAUCCCCCCGUGUCCACCUGGAGAAGGACUCACUAUGGACGAGUCCGGUCGAGGCUCCUGUAAGGCAUGUCCAGAGGGGUAUUUCUCUGACAAAGAAUCCACUGAGCCAUGCAAGCCGUGGGUGAGUUGUAAAGACUCUGGGAAGAGUGAAGUGAAGUCUGGGAACUCCGAGAGAGAUGCCGUGUGUGGACCCGCAGUCCUCGUUUCCUCCACGUCAGGGGUUGUGGUGGCCAUUUUGUCUGUCAUCAUGGUCGUGUCCCUCGUCAUCCUUACGCUGUUUUGCUACAAGGACAAGAUGAAGCUGCUCUCCGUGAAUGUGAGAUCUUGUGUUCAAAACCUGAAAAGGAGCAGGAUACAGCAGGAGACCCUGACGCCGCCCCACAACGUCCCACAGCACUGCACCUUUGAGAUCACCCGUCUGCUUCGCCCAGACGAGUUCCUCACUCAGUGUCCCAGCACCGUCCUGGCCAUCGAGGGAGGGCAGGAGGUCGCCUCGGCAACCGCAUCCACAUCCACCUCCCUGGACCCGGUGGCGGUGGAGGGCUCGUCGGGAGAUGUGAGCGAGGACGGGUCAGUGGAGGCCCGGGGAGCCACGUCGGUUCUGUCUGGCGUCUCCUCCUCCUCCUCCUCCUCUUCCUCCUCCUCUUCGUCCAGCUCUGGCUCGUGCAGCUGCGUGAUCUCCCUGAAGGAGCCGGUGGAGCUGGGCGAGAACGAGGACUGCAGUCAGGUGGUGUCGCACGGCCUGGCAGGCGUCUGCUCCUGCGGGGGUGGUGAGCGAGAGGAGCGCACCACAGCAGGAGGAGGAGGAGGAGGAGCAGGAGGAGGAGGAGGAGGAGGAGGAGGAGGAGGAGCAGGAGGAGCAGCAGGAGCAGGAGGAGGAGGAGUUGAGAGAGUCCCAGAGGAGUCCCCUCUCUGUCAGAACUGCUGCCCUGAGGAGGGCCUGCGUGGCUGUGUGGACUGCACUGACCUCCACGCCUCCCAGGACCUCUACCUGGACUACAGCAGCCUGCCGGCGAAGGACACCAUGUCCGAGCCACGGGGCGCAGGUGACGGCCGCCAGGAGGGCCCCCGGGUCACCACGGGACUCCUGUGCCCGCACAACGAGCCACAUUGCUGUAGCCCGGAGUCCGGCAGUACCACGACGGCACCGGCCGCUCUGUCCCUGCCCAGCACCAACGCCAGCACCAACGCCAGCGAGCACGGCCUGUCCCUCAGCUGCAGCGCCGAGCGCAAGCUGCCCGCACAGGAUGAGGACGCCGAGUACCAGGCCCACUGCUCGGAAACCGCUCUGACCUCAGGUCAGGUGACGGGGAACCACAACACCACCUUCAUCUCCAGCGGCCAGGUGAUGAACUUCAGCGGCGAGGUCAUCGUGGUCUACGUCAGCCAGACGUCUGAGGCCGACGCUGGUGGCGGCUGUGUCGGUGGGGUCAAGUCGAGCGAGCCGUUCAGCUGCCCCGUCCAGGAGGAGUCCAACGACGGCUCUCCUAACGUCCAGACCGCCCCCAAGACGCCACAGGGCAUCGCGCCCAGCGCUCGGCAGGACAGCCCCCUACCUGUUCAGGAGAUGGCCCGCAGGUGGCCCGCAGGUGGCCCGGCACGGUGAAAUGAUCGAGAGGUGGAGACGCUUCGGCGUCUGACCACGGAGCUGACCCUCCUCCUCCUCCUCCUCCUCCUCCUCCUCCUCCUCCGCAUCUGUGCUCUCCCCUCCCGGAUUGUUGAAGCACUGCUGAAGUGCUUCUGAUGUGUAUAAGAUAAAAUGCUAUGCAUUUGUUGAAUGGGUAUUGUACAUAGCCUUUGGUUCAUCACUAGUGCUUCAUGUUGCAGAUGCAGAUGUUAGUGAUUACGUCUCGGUUGCAAGCUGGCUUUAUCCUCAAACAUCUCGUUGACAAGCAAGUCUGAUGAUGCACGACACUUUUGUUUCCGCAGACAACGUGGAAAACACACACACACACACACACACACAUGUGCGUUGUAGCCCUAGGAAAGACACAGAGGUGAGGCAGAGUGAAAGUUCAGUGUCCAGAACAAAAGUGCAUUGUGUCCCUUCUUGGCUGUGUCGUCUCUCCAGGCCCUUUGUCUGUCUGAUGCAGGCCCUUCAGACGGAGUAGAGGGCCCAGCG